AUGGACAUGAGUGUGAACCAAAACUGUAGCAUAAGAAACAUUUCUCUUUGUUACGAACAUCAUCCUAACUCCUGUCAGAAGUUUACCUAUCCACUGGCUGUGAGAAUUGUGACUUAUUUUGCCAUUGGUGUUGUUGUACUUCUUACAUUAUUUGGAAAUCUUCUGGUGAUCAUAGCCAUAACUCAUUUCAAGCAGCUGCACACACCAACUAACUACCUCACUCUCUCUCUGGCUGUAGCUGACCUGCUUGUGGGAGGGGCUGUGAUGCCUCCUAGCAUGAUACGCUCUGUGGAGACUUGCUGGUAUUUUGGGACCACGUUCUGGCGAUAUUAUGCAGUAUGUCACCCCCUGCAGUACCACAGUAAAAUGACUCCUCUUACCACUCUGUUCAUGAUUGCUGUUUGUUGGAGUGUUGCUGCAGCUGUGGGAAUUUUACUGCUAAAUGUUCUGGGUAUAGAAGAUUACAGUAAUGUUUCAUGUGAGGGAGCUUGUGUUAUAGUUCUAGGGCCCAUGAUAAGUUUGUUGGUUUUAGCAUUCUCUUUAUAUCUCCCCACCAUUAUCAUGCUAAGCAUUUAUCUGAAAAUAUAUCUUGUUGCACAGAAACAAUCACGUUUAGUCCUUCACACUGUCUCUCAAAUAAAUAAAGAGAGAAAAGCAACUAAGACAUUAGUCAUUGUAAUGGGAGGAUUUGUAAUAUUUUGGGCACCAUUUUCCAUCUACAAUUUUAUUGUGACAGUUUUAGGUUAUUCUGGUCCACCACAACUGUUUGACGUGCUUGGCUGGAUUGGUUAUUCAAGUUCAGCUUGUAAUCCUAUUAUAUAUGCAUUCUUCUACAGAUGGUUUAGAAAGGCACUCAAAGUUAUAUUAUUAGGCAAAAUAUUUAGGAACAGUUCUUCAAGAAUGGAUCUCUUGGAACUUAAAUAG